AGCAGUCAGGAAGAGACAAGGGAAAGCUCUACUGCUGCUACCUCAGCUCAGCUGGUGAUGCUCUCAUGUUCCGUGAUCUUUGAACUCACAUCACUCGUCUCACUGUGGGUAGAGUAGAGGAAGAGGAAAGAGAAAGAGAGAGAACACGGACUCUUCUUCCUCUGCUUCUCACGUGGCAAGUCUGCAAUUGUUUUCUUCUGACCCGCCCCGUGCCUUUAAAAGGCCACCCUCGUCCUCCCCAUGGAGCUGUGUGCAGGUGGAGAGAAAUGGCGUUGGAAGCUGUGGCUUUCCCUCACGACCUCUUUCGCUGUGUCUCCAUGGAGCCUCGUGCCGCUGAGGGAGGAGCAUGAAGCAGUGACUCGGGUGCGCUAAUGGAGGAUGACAAAGGGGCGGUGCAAGAAUGUGAUCCCUCGUGCUCCUCGGCGCAGAACCUCCAUGGAGGAGUGGGGGAGGCCAUGGAGGCGGCGGGGCGGAGGAAGAGGCGUUGCGGGAGGAGCAUCAAGAACAGAGAGGAGGUGGAGAGCCAAAGGAUGGCCCACAUUGCCGUGGAGCGCAACCGCCGGAGGCAAAUGAACGAGUACCUGGCUGUCCUCCGCUCUCUCAUGCCUUCUUUCUACGUCCAAAGGGGUGAUCAAGCUUCGAUUGUCGCUGGCGCAAUCAAUUAUGUCAAAGAACUGGAGCAGCUCCUUCGUUCGAUGGAGGUGGAGAAACGGCUCAAGCGACGAACAGAUGCGGCCGGCGUCGCUUCUGCCUUCGCCGGCUUCUUCAGCUUUCCUCAGUACUCCUCUUUCUUCAGUGGCGGCGGCGGCGGCAAUGGCAACGACGAUAACAGCGGUAAAAGGCACGGCAUCAGCCACUCUGGUGCCUUUUACCGCAACACCGGCGAGAUCGAGAACCAAACGGCCACUGCCAACAUCGAGGUGACGAUGCUGGAGAGCCAUGCAAACCUCAAGCUGCUGUCGAGGCGGCGGCCCCGGCAGCUGCUCAGGCUGGUGGCGGGACUGCAGAGCUUGCGGCUCGUGCCGCUGCACCUCAACGUCACCUCCGUCGAUCGCAUCGUCAUGUACUCCUUCAGUCUCAAGGUGGAAGACGACUGCCGGUGUACAUCAGCGGACGAGAUUGCAGAAGCAAUCCACCGAAUGCUAAUCAGGAUAGAGGAGGAGGCAAAUCUGUAGUCGAUUCCUUUUGAAUGUAAACGUGAUUGCCACUCGUUCUUGUAGCCGACAAGGGUUUUCAUAGCAUUUACUCGAUUCAUAGGGGAUCCGCCAUUGACGAUAUCCCGAGUAUGCUCUGCUAAGUUUGUUGGAUGAAGGCCUUCAACAGUGUCACUGAGAACACCCGAUACAAACAAGCCGCAGAUAUGCUUGGAUCCAACAGUGCCACUGGGUCAGCAAGAUCUUGACAGUAUUGUCCCAAAUCUACUUGCACUCUGCAGAGGGAAUAGGCUGUCAUGCUCAACUGACGUUUGCAUCCAAAAUCCAGAUAGAAAUAUUAUUCCUCUGCUGCUUCAGGAUUGAUGUACAGUAGAGAUUUAGUCAAGAUUUUGUCGAAUUAGUACUGGCAAAGUUUUAGCAGAAGUCAUGCUUUUGGUUAUAAAGGUGAAGAAAAGAAGGAUCAUAAGAAGAAAAGUUGAAUUAGGACAGGCAAAUCAGAGCUGAUCUCUGAUUUGGCUUAAAAGAACAUACGGAUUUGCAUAACCAAGUUCAUUAGGUUGAUGAAUGAAUGACCAAUAAUGACUAAAAUCUCUGAAAAUAAUAUUGUGCAAAAUCAUCUGCUCUACAUAAUCAAAAUGAUUUUAGUAUUUCGACUGGAGUAAUUACCAAAACAACUUCAGGUUUCUGUUUAGCAUCAGUUCAU